CGCUAAAACCGAAAAAUCUUGUUUUCCCGUCCAAACCGCAAAAAAAACUCGUUAAUUUUGAAAUAAUUCUAAUGUAAAUAUAUUAAACUAAAUAAUUAAAUGUAAUAUAGUUAAAAUUAAUAUCAAACAUAUGAUUAAAACAACAUAAGGGUAUUUUGGUAAUUUGUUUACUAAACUCAUUUGAAUGGAAAUGAAAAUAAAGAAACAAACAUAAAAUCCAUUUAGAUAAUUCAUCUAGAUGAGCUAUAUGGAUGGACAAACAAACAAUCACAAAAAUGUGAAUGAAUCAUUUGAAUAGAUCAUACAAAUGAAUCAUUUGGAUGGAGAUGACAAAUGGUGAAACAAACAGGCCCGUAAAAGGAAUUCGAGAACAAGUUAAAACUUAAAAUCAAGAGUCUAAAAUCAUUCCCCUAACCACGGCAUAAAACGGCUACGUAUGAUUUAAGCGAAUAAUGAGGUAUUAAAUGAUACGAAGAUGGGAUCUAACGACUAACGCUUCCUCCAAAUCUAUAGUUAAUGCUCAUUCAAUUCUUUUCCUUCUCUAUGACCUCUCUAAUUACAUGUCCUUGGCUAUGUUUAUAUAUAAAUGGAGCAACAGGUUAGAAGUAGUACUAUGGGUAAUGUGAUAUAUGAAGAGUAGUUUAACACGAUUGUUUUUGAGCUCUUCAGUUUCGUUUUGAUUUCAUAAAUACAACACCUUAGUUUUUUUUUAAUCGUUCAUUCAGAAAACGUAGUUUCGUCAGCAAAAGUCAGAAAUAUCAUUUCCCUUCCACGACUUUUCAAAUGGUAAGUGGAUGAUACUCUAUCACAUACUUAGUUUUCGUUUAGUUUUAAUAGUUCCAACUGUUAGUGAUUAAUGUACCACCUAGUUCCUACUCUCUAUUACCAGAAAACAUGCGCAGAGUAUAUUUGGUUGGCAGAAGAACAAGAAAUUAGAAGGCACGUUGUACUUACCAAACCUUACUCGUUGGAAGAUGAAAAAGAUUCUGAGCACACCGCUGCAAAUGUCAUCCGUCGGAUCCUUAGCCUCCUCAAGAAUGUACGCCCAGGAUCCGAUCUCACCAAUUUUCAGCUGCCACCACAGCUGAACCUACCAAAAUCGCAACUUCAAUGUUACGGCGAGAUGAUCUACAGCUUUGGUGGUCAUGAUCUGCUAGGGGAAUGCAGCCGUCGCGAUCUUCCCAUCGAACGGCUCAAAUCGAUCGUAGCGUGGAACAUCUCCAAACUCCGUCCUGUACUCUUUGGACAGGCUCCGUACAACCCCGUUCUUGGAGAGACCCAUCAUGUCUCCAAUGGUCACAUCAACGUCCUCAUUGAACAAGUGUCGCAUCAUCCUCCCGUGUCUGCACUUCAAGCUACUCACGAGGAAGAAAACAUUGACGUUAUGUGGGUUCAGCAUUUCAUUCCUAAAUUUCGUGGUGCUUAUUUGGAGCUUGAGGUAAAGGGAAAAAGAGUAAUGAAACUUCAGACCCGAAAAGAGACUUACGAUAUGAACCAACCAAGACUAGUUAUACGACUAGUACCCGUGCCGAGAGCUGACUGGGCUGGAAAAAUGAAAAUAAAGUGUCCAGAGACCAAUCUUGAAGCCGAGUUACACUUGGUCUCCGAUUCAUUCAUCGAAAGGUUCAGAGGCAACAACAAUAGAGCAGUCAAAGGAAAGAUCUCUGAAUCGUCCUCUGGGAGUAAGCUCUACGACAUCUUUGGUCAUUGGGACAGAACAAUAUCGGCUAAAAGUCUCAAGACCGGUGAGGUCGAGGUUAUUUACAAUGCCAAUGGGAGUAUCUCAGGACUUAAACCUCCAACUGUCAACAAUCUGAAAGAGGUAAUGGAGAACGAGUCUGCGAUGGUGUGGAGUGAAGUAAGUGAAGGAAUACUGAAUAAAGACUGGGAAAGAGCAAGAGAAGCUAAGAAGGCUGUGGAGGAAAAGCAGAGAAAGUCUCUGAAACAGAGAGAGGUUUCUGGUGAGUCAUGGGUUCCCCAGCAUUUCUCAGUUGUCAAAAACGGUAAAGACUGGGACUGUACACCAUUACAGCCUACUGUUCCUCGUGCUCCACUCGUCAUCACAGAGGCACAUGAAGAAAUCAUGAACUAAUAUCAAGAUUCCAAGACUUUGUGUUGAUGAUAGCUUUAAGUUACUACAAUCCCAUAUUCCCAUGUAAGACAAACCUAUUGGUAAAGACCGAAUCAAAGGGAAAAUCGAAAAUAACUCUUUUUAACUAUUUUCUUGUCUAACUGCGAGCAACUGGCUUUCAGCUCCAUCAAGUGUUGUAAUGGAUGUAACAAUAACGAAUAGAAACGCAGAGACAAACACAUAUUUAUGCGGUUCACCAACAUUGUAUUGCUGAUUCUACAUGCAAAGGAGACUGGUUUAGUAGUGACUGCAUAAAGCUUAGAAAAUAAUAAUAAAGGUUAAUUAGAGUAUAAAUAGAAAACCAUAUAACAAAUUUAUAUAUUUAUUCUGUCAAACUCUAGUCGAAUUCAAAUAACUUUGGUUACAGUUAAUUGUAGUUCUACUAAAGUCUAAAACUAAAACUGUACCCAACCCAGAAAUAAACAAAAAUACCCACCUAAUCUACAAAGAAAAUCUGUUGAGAAGUUGUUAGAGAUGAGUUACUCUGAUGCCACAUGAGUAGAUAAUCUCAUUCUCAUUAAUUAGCAAAGACUCUGAAUUGAUAGAAUACAAACAUGACCAAGACAACAUGACCAAGACCUAAACCAAGCCUUUAAACCAAAAUGGAGAUUCUAUAUACUUCUGGUCUAUACUAUACCAGAUCACAAGGACUCAAUGUACAAAGCAUACAAAGAUCCUCUAUGUACAAGGACCCUCUAUAUAUGUAUGUACAAGAAUAAUAUGAUUCCCCUAUCAAAUUUCUAUAUGCUGUAAGGAAAUUAGAGACUUAGAGCAGCUCCAUCGGCAAGCUCCUUAAUGAGUUUUUAGCAUUUAAGAAAAAGGAAAAACAAAUUAAUUUAGGUGAGAGAACGUUGAAAGGUUCUGAUUACAAGGUUUUAAGGCCAGCUCCAUCGGUUACAACCUGUGAAAGGUUCUAAAACAAAAAAAAUAAUGUUAUUAUAAUAAUUAGGUAAGGAAACCCGUGCGAUGUCGCACGAGAACUCAUAUUGCAUAAAAAUAUAUAUCUUACAAUCUAUAGUUUAUAAUUUUAUUAUAGUUUAUAAUUUUAUAUAGCUAGUAAUAAUAAAAUUUUAGAAAUAAUAUUUAAUUUUGAUAACUAAAAUAUGAUUUACAAAUUAUUUAAAGAUAUAUUUAUAUAAACAUUAAUGUUCUGAUUGUAUUUUUAUCAGAACAAAUAUUACAAACAAUUGCAUUUCCAUUUUUUAAGUUUAUUCUUACAAUUUUCACAUAAUAUACUUUAUAAUUAUCAAUGAAAUGUUAUUCUAAAUUAUAUAUAUAUAUAUAUAUAUAUAUCACAAUCACUUUUUGAAUAAUUUUAUUAUUUUUGCAUGAUAUUUAAAUAACUUUCCUAUUUAAGAAAAAAUAUUAGAAUUAUUAGUUCAUAAUUUUUAAAACAAUUACUAUUUCUAUGUUGGUAAAUAAUAAUAUAUUAUUAUUUUAAUAUAUUUAUUUAUUUGCUUUAUUUUUUGAAAGAAUAUUAAAGAGAUUGGAUAUCUUACUAAAUAUAUGUUGAAAUAACCUUUCAAAUUUAUAAUAUUACCUUGAAUUUCUGGAAAAGUUCUUAUAAACACACAAAUAUAUAUAUUUAUUGUAUUAAACUAACACAAUAAUUAAAUUAAAUCAAUUAAAUUGAUAAAUUAUGAAUUUACCUUUUGAAGACAUGAUGACUUCUGUUGGAGUAGUAAAUAGUAUUUUUGAAGACAAAAUGGUAUUAAGAUAGAGAUACUCCAGAAGUCUAUUAAGUUUUCAAUCAAAUUUUUAAGAUUUAGGCUAAUGCACAGAAAAUAACAAAUAGAGCUUUCUACGUUUACAUGUGUUUUUUAAAAUCUUUAAAAAUCGGUUAACAGAAAAAAAAAUCUUAUGUAUAUAUACCCGAUGCGAUCGAUAUGUUCAAAGGUAGUACAUAAAUCUAAAAAAUUGAUAAUUUAGUUUUAAUUCUCUGUCAAAUAAUCGCCUCGCGACUUCGUCCUAUCAAAUAAAUAAAAAUUGGAAAUGAUAGAAAUGCAACUAAAUAAGUUAUUUCUACUUGAUACAUCUGAUUCUUGAAAAAAUUAAGUAAUUGUAUGAUGGAAAUAUUGAGAAAUUGAAAGACAUAAAAAAGCAAAAGAAAACUGUUGGUGGUGGUGAUAUUCAUAAACUCUUUCACAAAAUUUAAAAUUAAAGUAAUCAUUUGCUGAAAUGAAAGUUACUGAAAAAUUAGUCAGUUUUCUAGAAGUUCCAAAGAUGAGUUUAAAAAUAUUUGGAAGUCAGUUACAUAUAUAAUUGACGAAGAUGUCAAUUGAAUGAAACGUUGCAUUUGUUUGCGGAAGAGAUACGACUGCUAACUCAUGAUCUGAAUGGGUGCUUUGUAGCAUUAAGAAAACUGCAUUUCUUCACUUCAUAAAUUUGGUUUAAUUUCUUUUCAUUAAUAUUUUUCUAUAAACCAAACCGAGAUUUGCUCUUUUUUUUGUUUUAAUUUAGUAUCAAACAAAGCCUUAUAGUUUUUUUUCAAGUCGUGUGUUUGUACACACAUAAACCUAAUUAUAUAAUGGAGAGAACUUCUUCCAUGUGGCAAACCGCCAAUGUUGAAAGCGUGUGAGUGAGGAGCCAUCACCUCCAUAGCACCACCUGGUCCACCUCCACAUGCAUCUCCCUCUUUCCAUCGUUUCUCUCCUCCUCCAACCCGUCUUGCUCCACUUUGUCUUGGUGUCUCGUGGGAAAGUGUGGAUCCGCCGCCGUUUAUCACUAACCACGACGAGUCAUCACCACGGGAGUAUCAGCCCCUGCCAUCACAUGCCUCGUUCUGUGCCAUCCCGUCCACGGCGUUGAGGCUUCAUAUAUGGUUUGUAUGUGGAGAACGUGAGCCGAGACGGAAAGGAGACAUACGAGCCGGAGACACCGUACCUUGACACCAGCUGGACUGAUGAUCUUCACCACCACUAGCCGUAAACCAUCAGAGUUGUCGCUCAUACCGCUGUAGUACGAGAGAUACACCAUUCCAGGUCCAUUUCGUAAAGGUUAAGUGUUCCUCAUGUGUGUCUUGGGCAGCAAGUUUCUAAACCCUAAAUAUUAUUUUGUUAUGUCAUGGUUUCAUGUGUCUAAAUCAGUUUUAAUAAAAGAAAGCGUUUAAAAAGAAUGAGACUUCAAGCCAAAUUGUUGUAUAACACGCACAUAUACAACCAUUCAGAAAUAAUAGACAAACUAUUUAUAGAUUUUCAAAAAUUUGUCUCAAAAAUUAUAUCUUUUCAAUAUAAAAAUUGUUCUUAUUGAAAUAAUACAUAUAUGAAAAGUCACAACUUUUCAAUAUAAACAGUUAUUUUAAAUAAAAAGACAUAACUUUUAAUUGUUGAAAAGAUGUAACCUUUCAAUUGAAGUGAAUUCACAAUCUUUGGAAUUAAUUAGGAUUGAUAUUAUUAGUAGAUUUAAUUAUGUAUUAAUUUUCCAAAACCAAUUGAAACACUACUGCAAUGACAUCUGUCCUUUUAAGUUUGGUACCGAUUCUUAAAACCCUGUAAUCAGAACCUUUCAACGUUUUUUCACCUAAAUUAAUUUCUUUUUCCUUUUUCUUAAAUGCUAAAAACUCAUUAAGGAGCUUGCCAAUAGAGCUGCUCUGCGAAUGGGUACCAAACUUAAAAGGACAGAUGUCAUUGCAGUAGUGUUUCAAUUGGUUUUGGAAAAUUAAUACAUAAUUAAAUU